AUGGUCGUCCUCACAUCCGUCCAAGUCGUCGACAUACUCGGCGUCCUCCAGACCAACAUCAAUACCACAAUCACCUUAGCCGACAUCAUCAUCGCUAUCAACCGUACUGCUACACCAGCUAAACAGAACGACCACUUGGCGCAUCUCACACAGCAACCAAACGGCAGUUACAUACUCAGUCCCCGGUCGGGCUUUCGCACUAUGGUCGAGACAAUUGGCCCGAUUUCUGGACCGGGCUCCACGAGAACCCGAUUCCAACUGUCUUGA